AUGGAAUUAGAAGAUGGUUUUGAUGAUUUGUUAGCUGAAAUCGAAGAACCCACUUCUCCUAAAAGGCCUAAGACAGAACAGGAUGAUUUAAUACGCGAAAUACCCGGACCUUCUAAAGAACUUUCUGAGAAACCUACUUCAUCCAAAACACAUUGUGUUUUAGUAAAUAAAAAGCAACGUGGAAAUCCUUUGCUGAAGUUUAUUACCAGUGUUCCCUGGGAAUAUGAUGAUAUAAUUCCAGAUUAUGAAAUAGGCAAGACAAUAUGUAUUCUUUUUCUCUCAGUGCGCUACCACAAUUUAAACCCUGAUUACAUUAAUAGCAGAUUGAAGGAACUAGGAAAGAAAUAUGAACUUCGAGUCCUAUUAGUACAGGUUGAUUUAAAAGAUCCACAUGCUGCAUUAAAAAACCUUACAAGAGUUUGCCUCUUGACGGAUCUGACACUCAUGCUGGCUUGGAGUCCCGAAGAGGCUGCCAAAAUAAUAGAAAAUUACAAAAUUUUUGAAAAUAAGCCACCCGAUCGAAUUAUGGAAAAAAUUGAAAACGAUCCGCAUCAAAAGAUAAUAAACGCUUUGUCAUCAAUAAAACCGGUGAACAAGACGGAUGCGAUGACAUUAAUAACAACAUUUGGAACUUUGGAAAACAUCAUAAAAGCAACUGAAAGCAGACUCGCCGACUGCCCAGGCUUUGGGCUUACGAAGGCGAAAAAGUUAUACAAGGCGUUACAUGAACCGUUUCUAAAAAGAGGUCACACCAAAGAUGCUAAGCAAUCCGAAGAAUUUGCGGAGGAAGUUAGUAUAGAAGAAAUCGAAAAAGUAGAAAAUGAAAUCGUAAAUCAAUAG